AGUUGCUUCUCUUCUCGUGGAGGAGACGGCAGACCUUGCACUGCAGCAGGUGGAGCUGAGCCUGGGUGCCGGCAGAGGGGAUCCCACCCAGCAAGACUUUGGGCCUUGGUACACUUGUCCCUUCGUGCUGAUCUAACUGACUGAAAAGUGGGGUGUAACAUUUUGAAGGUGGACACAAGGAUUUGUCAGUAGCAGUCCUGAAAUGCUGAACUGAUCUCUAACGCGAGGGAGCAACAUUUCCUGAGGAAUGAAAGCUCAAUUUUGAGCACUAUGGACCUAGAGUAAAUGUCAAAGGCAGGCAGCAAGCAGCGUUUACAGAGGCAUUUUUCUGGAAUUUCAAUCACGGAUCGAUUGAAGUGCCCAGGGUCUGAGAAAAUGUCUCCUAGCAUCAAAAACUUGGAUUGCUUUUCUCCGAUGCUGUGCCACUGUAAAGUAGCAUGCACCAACAACACAAUAUCGUUAAUGUUUGGAUGUAAGAAAUACCGCUACCAGGAUGAAGAUACUCCUCCACAAGAGCUCAGCUCUCCGCACAUUAGCAACGAGGCGGCGGGUCCCGAGUUGGUUCACGUGUCGGAGAAGAACCUCUCCCAGAUUGAGAACGUACACGGCUUUGUUUCCCAUUCUCAUAUUUCACCGGUAAAGCCAACAGAAGCUGUUCCUCCCUCUUCUCCCAUUGUCCCUGUGAUCCCUGUCCCGCCCGUCCCUGCUGAGACCACUGUCAGCCCAUCUUCCGCACAACAGGCAAAUCCCCCUCCAGUACUGGUGAAUACAGAUGCUUUGGAGACUCCAGCAUACGUCAAUGGCACAGAUGCAGAUUAUGAAUAUGAAGAAAUCACGCUUGAAAGGGGAAAUUCAGGGCUUGGCUUCAGCAUUGCAGGCGGUACGGACAACCCGCACAUUGGAGAUGACUCAAGUAUUUUCAUUACAAAAAUCAUAGCUGGGGGUGCAGCUGCCCAGGAUGGAAGAUUACGGGUCAAUGAUUGUAUACUACGAGUAAAUGAAGUGGAUGUUCGUGAUGUGACGCACAGCAAAGCGGUUGAAGCUUUAAAGGAGGCAGGGUCCAUUGUACGAUUGUAUGUCAAAAGAAGAAAGCCAGUUACAGAAAAAAUAGUGGAGAUAAAGCUUGUGAAAGGUCCCAAAGCAGGUCUUGGGUUCAGUAUAGCUGGUGGCGUUGGAAACCAGCAUAUUCCUGGAGACAACAGCAUCUACGUAACUAAAAUUAUUGAAGGAGGUGCCGCACAUAAAGAUGGCAAACUUCAGAUUGGAGACAAGCUUCUAGCGGUGAACAGUGUUUGCUUAGAAGAAGUUACUCAUGAAGAAGCAGUGACUGCCUUAAAAAACACAUCUGAUUUUGUUUAUCUGAAAGUUGCAAAACCCACCAGCAUGUUCAUGAAUGAUAGUUAUGCCCCUCCAGACAUCACCAACUCUUAUUCUCAGCCAGUGGAUAACCAUAUCAGUCCUCCUGCCUACCUGGGGCAGUCACUGCCACCAGCAUCCCCAGGGAGAUAUUCCCCAGUUCCAAAGGGGAUGCUUGGAGAUGAUGAGAUUACAAGGGAACCUAGAAAAGUUGUCCUACAUCGAGGAUCAACAGGGCUUGGCUUCAACAUCGUGGGAGGGGAAGAUGGAGAAGGAAUUUUUAUUUCAUUCAUCCUAGCAGGAGGCCCUGCUGAUCUGAGCGGGGAGCUCAGAAAAGGAGACCGUAUCAUUUCAGUUAAUGGUGUAGACCUCAAAGCUGCAACCCAUGAGCAAGCAGCAGCUGCCUUGAAGAAUGCAGGCCAAGCCGUAACCAUUGUGGCACAAUACCGUCCAGAAGAAUACAGUCGUUUUGAAGCUAAAAUACAUGAUUUACGGGAGCAGAUGAUGAACAGUAGCAUUAGCUCAGGAUCCGGAUCUCUACGAACCAGCCAGAAGAGAUCCUUAUAUGUUAGAGCUCUCUUUGACUAUGACAAGACUAAAGACAGUGGCCUUCCCAGUCAGGGACUGAACUUCAAAUUUGGCGACAUCCUCCAUGUCAUCAAUGCUUCUGAUGAUGAAUGGUGGCAGGCACGGCAGGUGACGCCAGAUGGAGAAAGUGAUGAAAUUGGAGUUAUCCCAAGCAAGCGCAGAGUUGAGAAAAAAGAACGAGCGCGCUUAAAGACAGUAAAAUUUAAUUCCAAAACAAGAGGAGACAAAGGGCAGUCAUUCAAUGACAAGCGUAAAAAGAACCUCUUUUCCCGAAAAUUUCCCUUCUACAAGAACAAGGACCAGAGUGAACAGGAAACCAGUGAUAUUGACCAGCAUGUUACCUCUAAUGCCAGCGAUAGUGAAAGUAGUUACCGUGGCCAGGAAGAAUAUGUCUUGUCUUAUGAACCAGUCAACCAGCAAGAAGUCAAUUAUACUCGGCCUGUGAUUGUCUUGGGACCCAUGAAAGACAGAAUAAAUGAUGAUCUGAUCUCAGAAUUUCCAGACAAGUUUGGAUCGUGCGUUCCACAUACUACCAGACCAAAGCGAGAUUAUGAGGUGGAUGGAAGGGAUUACCAUUUUGUCACUUCUCGAGAGCAGAUGGAGAAGGACAUUCAGGAUCAUAAAUUCAUAGAAGCUGGUCAGUACAACAAUCACCUUUAUGGGACAAGUGUCCAGUCAGUACGUGAAGUAGCAGAAAAGGGUAAACACUGCAUUCUGGACGUCUCUGGUAAUGCAAUCAAGAGAUUGCAGAUUGCCCAGCUGUACCCAAUCUCCAUUUUUAUUAAACCCAAAUCCGUGGAAAAUAUCAUGGAAAUGAAUAAACGUUUAACAGAGGAGCAGGCCAGGAAGACUUUUGAGAGAGCCAUGAAACUGGAGCAAGAAUUUACUGAACAUUUCACAGCUAUUGUCCAAGGAGACACGCUGGAAGAAAUCUACAACCAGGUGAAACAGAUCAUAGAAGAGCAGUCCGGUCCUUACAUCUGGGUCCCAGCAAAGGAAAAAUUAUGAAAAUAGAGAGAUUUUUUUAUUUUCAUUUUCUAACUAAAGAUGUCAUCUAUUGUAUUUGACAACUCUUCACUCCUUCCAGAGGAGCAUGUCCCUAGCUCUUUGCAGUAUGGGCCACUCCUUACCAUCACAUUCUGCAGUUCCCAUAACCUAUCACAUUUUGAUGUCUGUUUUAGUUUAAAUAAUUUGUAUAAUUGCGUGUUGUUGGUUUGCCAUUUUUCAAACAUGAAGGUGGAAUGGCCUGACCAGCUAUUAAGGGUUGGGGGUAGGAAAUUAUGUGGUAAAAUCCUUAAUGUUUAAGGGAAAGUAACUUUCAGAGAUUUUCAGAAAAGCUUUAUAUACAUUCUUUUAAGAUUUCGUAACAAAUGAAAGUCGUCUUACUUAACGAUGUUGUAAAUUGUGAGCAACUUUGCACGCUUAACUUUAAUAGCAUGGUUUGGCCGAGGCAUUUAAUUUCCAGUUUUAUUUUCUGAGUUGAUUUUUAUUGUCAUAGCAAAUUUUUCUUUAUGGGCAGUUAAUGAGAAACUUUUUUUUAAUUUCCCAGUUAAUUAUUAAUUAACUUCCAUUACUUCGUAAGGGAUAUUCAUUUUCAUAAUUUCAUAAGGAUAUUCUUAUAAUCUAUUUUUUCAUUUUUUGCCAAUAAAAUUGCUAGGGAUAAAGAUGUUUAAUGUUUUUAAUCUCGCUCAUGCAACACUAUUUGCAGUGUCUUACAAAAGUUGUUUGUAGAUAAUGGUCAUCACACUUUUUUGAGUCCUAAACAUCUUUAGGUGCUAGGGAAGUUUGCAUUUUACAAAGGGGCGGCAAAUUUUCAUGGUCAGUAAUACAGGAAAUGUUUGCAGAGAUGGGUGAUCGUUAAGGUAAUGAGACAACAAGUGAGAUUCAUAGCCUAGAACUGUGUGUGUUCUUAGGGGGUCAGAUUUUAAUGAAUAUUUUACCCACAAUAACUGCCUAUUUUGUUAUAAUAAAAUAUAUAUAUUAAACUUUCUUUAACUAAACUCUGUAACUAUGGGAAUUAUUUUCUUCACAUAGUUGCGUGCGCGUGUACACACACACACACA